AGAAAACGAUACUGUUUUGCGCAUGCUGAAUGUGUGUUUACCAUUAGGUUUUUAGUGUAAACCGUUUUAAGACAGACCCAAGUUAAUUUUGGAUAUCAAAUACGUUAGUUUGAUAUUUGCCACAUAUAGAUAUAUCCAAAUCUAGAAGGUGUUUCCUUCAGACUAUCUUCGCGAAAUGCGUCUGACUGCACGAGUGCUGAUUUCUCACGGGCGCGUGGCUCGGCGGAUGGGCCUCGGUCCUGAGUCCCGAAUAAACAUGCUUCGGAACAUCCUGACGGGUUUGGUUCGACAUGAGAGGAUCGAGACUACACGAGCCCGAGCCGACGAGGUUAGAUUUUACGCUGAAAAGUUAAUUGACUAUGCCAAAAAAGGAGAUACUAAUAAAAAGUCAAUGGAAAUGGCAGAUUUUUGGCUUACGGAGAAAGAUCUGAUUCCUAAGCUUUUCAAAGUACUUGCUCCGAGGUUCGAACACCAGUCCCAUGGAUAUACACUCAUGGCCCGUCUUCCAAACAGGGAGAACCUGGACCGUGCUGCUAUGGCUGUUCUGGAGUAUAAGGGCAAUCCAUUCCCCCCCUUGUAUCCUGUGAAACGUAACAGUGAACUGAACCUGGUUAACCAACUUCUAAAAGGGUACAGAGAAGAGAGAGCCCAACUGAGUACAAAAAUUACGGACUCAUAGGUUAUUCAUUUAUCAUAUUACACUGUUUUGUCUAACAUUUUUUUGUUUGGUGUGGGAGAGACUGAUUUACUUUGAGACUUGCGCCUUCAUCUACAGCAUGAAGAUACAGCCUUCUUUUCUUUUGUAGAAAGGUUUGGAUACGUCAUGCCUAUUUAUUUAUCAUCUUUCAAACUUUAUAGUAAGAAAUUUAACUGAAUAAAUGUAUCCAAUAAUCUUA